UCUAAGUACAAUACUUAUCAUAGCGUUAUAUUACUUACGAAUAUUUUGUAAAUUCUAAGUGAUCUGGAACAAACUAUUUUAGUAUUUUUGUACCUUGGUUGUUUGAAAUAAAACACCAUUUUGUGGACGUAAACAGAUGCGAUUAUUAUUCAAAGUUAUUUAAGGGAAUACAAAAUACAAGCUAUGUGGACACCAGUUCCUGUUGUGUAUAUAAUCUGUAUUCUUCGGGUGGCUCCUUCAGCUAGUGAAAAUAAUCUUCAUGAUCAUGGCUGUACUAACAACAACUACAAUUGGCCGUUUUGUAAUAUGACCUGUCCCGAAACAUGCUAUAAGCCGAUUUAUACCAGUUUGACCACGGAGAGAACGUGUGACGUAUCCAAUGGCUCGUGCUCCCAAGGCUGUGCUAACAGCAGACACUAUGGGCUUUUUUGUAAUAUGACGUGUCCAAUAACAUGCAAAGAGCCGAUGUUAAGCCUAGGCAGAAGGUGUGACGAAUUCAAUGGCACGUGUUCCAACGGCUGUGCUAACAACACCAUCUUUGGGCCUUUUUGUAAUAUGACGUGUCCCAAAACAUGCAAAAGGCCGAGGUUUGGCAUAGGCAGAUGGUGUGACGUCUUCAAUGGCUCGUGUUCUAACGGCUGUGCUGACAGCAAUACCUAUGGGCCUUUUUGUAAUAUGACAUGUCCGGGUACAUGCUACACGCCAGUUUUGCCAUUAUCUGAUAGAUUAUGCGACGUCUUCAAUGGCUCGUGCCCCAACGGUUGCACUAGCAACAGUUACUAUGGGCCUUUUUGUAAUUUGACGUGUCCACAUACAUGUAAUAAGGCGAAUGGCAGAGUAUGUGACGUUAUAGAUGGCUCGUGUUACAACGGCUGUGAUAACAACAGCUACUAUGUACCUUUUUGUAAUAUGACGUGUCCGAAUACAUGCCUCAAUGCGACUGAAAGAGUAUGUGACGUCUUCAACGGCUCGUGUUCUCAAGGCUGCGCGCAGGGUUUUUAUGGCUCUCAUUGCGAUAUGAUAUGCCCGAACAAUUGCAGAAACAUUGUGGAUAUGCCGUCGUGUCAUUUUGUAAAUGGAACUUGCUUGGCGGGAUGUCUGGAUGGAUUCUAUGGACAAAAAUGCUUAGACGUGUGCGAUUAUUGUGUAAAUAAUACAUGUAACCAAGAAGACGGUGUCUGCAUUCAAGGAUGCGCUGAGGGACACAGACAUGACGGUGAAGUUUUAAAGUGCUUACAUGAUCCACUACACUUGAGGGAUGAAACUAAUGACAAAAGUGGUGCUUACAAGCCAUUUCCCGUACCUACACUAGUUGGAAUGAUUGGCGGAGUAGUUGGAGUGGUUGUAGUGGUAGUUGGGGCCGCGGCAUUCAUCGUUCAUCGAAACAGAAGAAGAAAUGCGUCGAGAACGCCUAAAGGAUUACAAAUGCAAGCAAUGAUAAAUUCAACCAACGUGACUUCUGUCGACAUAAAUAACAUAAUUAACGGUUCAGACGAAGUGAAAUCAGUCGAAUUGAAACGACCUGACAGCGUUAUGUAUGGUUCAGACGAGGUGAAAUCGGUCGAAUCGAAACGACCUGACAGCAUUAUGUAUGGUUCAGACGAAGUGGAAUAAGUCGAGUCGAAACGAAUUGAAAACACCAUGGAUGGUUCAGACGAAGAGAAAUCGGGAAAGACGACACAAACAUGUGUGAUUAUCUAAUGGCAUGGACAAUUGGAAAACUCUGUUUGUAAGGAAGAGAAAAAGACAAAAUAUUAUCGAACGCUUGGUUGAAGAUUAAAAUAUGAUAGCGAUAGUCACAUUUAAAAGCUUGCCAAAGAUCAGGCAGGGUACACCUCGCCCAUUGCAGAGAUCAAGCAGGGUGCACCUCGCCCAUUGCAGAGAUCAAGCAGGUUACACCUCGCCCAUUGCAGAGACCUACAUUAUUCUACAUGCAUCAUUAAAACUAAAUUAAAUGAUGCAACAACAACAAUAAAAAUAUGAUCCAGUCACAUGACCAUGUCUUCACAGUUCAAAACAGUGGCACUUUUUUUCGAAUGUGUGCUUCGAAUGUGCGCAUUUUUGUUUUGUAAUUGUGUUUCAAUUUUGUUAAUAAGGCAACGAUUGGGAAAUUAUAUCAGUAAUAAUUUAAGUUGCUGAUCGCCAUAAUGCAAAUAUUUCUAAAAUGGCCUGAAAUGCAUUUUUAGCUCGAAAGUGUUUAAUCUUAAAUACUAUUGAUUUCGUAAAAAUAGCUUUUAACUGCAGAGUUUAUCAACGAACGUUCGAAUAACCGAAACAAGAAUUCAACCCAUCGUUUUAGCUAAUGUGUGUGACGUCAUAAAUAUGUCUAUUCAGCAAGUGAAUUGACGUUUAUUUUUAUUUAGAAAAGCAGGGUUGGAAGUGGUUUAAAGCGGGUAUAUACGAUUUUUAUAUGUGCUGAAUUGUAAAAUAUUGAUAUAAAUAUGUUAUAAUAACACACAAUAUGCAAGAAAAAUGAUACAUUUAAGACGAAUUUUAUAAAAUACAGCAAAUACAAAUUAGCGCCCCGAGCCGGUUGUGACGAAGAUAAUUCGUAAUUAUUUUCCUACAAUAACCGAUGCAUUCGUCUUUUUAGUAAGUGUUCGUGUGUCGUAUGAAUCGAUAUAGCUGCAGGAAUUUCAAAUGAACCGUUAAACUAAAUUUAGAUUCACAUCGUACAUGCAUGAUAUACAUGCUGGCGAAUUCGGCUGUACAGCCUUUUUCGAUUUCAGAAUUAAAUAUCUGGCUUAUUUAGCAUUUUUCGACACAUGUUCUUCUUUACUUUUAUUUUAGUUUAUAUUGAAAUAUAUGUAUAACAAGUUUUUUACACAUUUUAUAUUUAUUAACAAAUAUUUGACAAGAUCGUAUAUACCCGCUUUAACGUUGAAAACCAAAUAUUCGUAUUUUGUUUUAAUUUGUCAAUUGAAAACACAUAGAGGAUAACAGUUUACUGCAUAAUGGAUAUGUAAUAUAUCAGGCGAGGCUUAGAAUAAAAUUAAUGGCGAGGCUUACCGAGUCGAAAUUGUAUUGUGCCGAUCCUUUUGUAUUACACAACGAUCAGGCUGUGAUCUGUUUUUCUGGUAAUCAUACCUCUACGUCCCACAUUUUAUAAGAAAUUGUGAAAAAUAAUCACUACGACGCUGCAUUGUUUGCGGUAAUACAUAUGAACUUUGACGUUUGAUGUGUAAAUAAUGAUGUCAUCAGUGCUUGCGCUUAUUAUUUGUUAAAUAUGUUUUUUUCUGUUUGUGUUGUUUUUGUGUAUAAAAUAUAUAACAUCUUGA